GUGGCGCGGCCGGGGAUGGGGGGCAAGCAGAGCACGGCGGGCCGCUCCCGGGGCCCCUUCCCGGGCGUCUCCACAGAUGACAGCGCCGUGCCCCCGCCGGGGGGGGCCCCCCACUUCGGGCACUACCGGGCCGGCGGCGGGGCCAUGGGGCUGCGUAGCCGCUCCGUCAGCUCGGUGGCCGGCAUGGGCAUGGACCCCACCACGGCCGGAGGGGUGCCCUUCGGCCUCUACAGCGCGGCGGCCGCCCGGGGGGCGGGCGAUGCCGAGAGGGCGCCGGGCGGCGGCGGCUCCGGGGCCGACUCCACGUAUGCCCACGGCAAUGGUUACCAGGAGACAGGUGGUAGUCACCAUAGAGACGGGAUGCUGUACCUGGGCUCCCGAGCAUCGCUGGCAGAUGCGCUCCCUCUGCACAUCGCACCCAGGUGGUUCAGCUCUCACAGCGGUUUCAAGUGCCCCAUUUGCUCUAAGUCUGUGGCUUCUGAUGAGAUGGAAAUGCACUUUAUAAUGUGUUUGAGCAAACCACGCCUCUCCUACAAUGAUGAUGUGCUGACUAAAGAUACAGGAGAAUGCGUUAUCUGCCUGGAGGAGCUGCUUCAGGGAGACACUAUAGCGAGGCUGCCCUGCCUCUGCAUCUAUCACAAAAGCUGUAUAGAUUCUUGGUUUGAAGUGAACAGAUCCUGUCCAGAGCAUCCUUCCGAUUGACCAUCAGGCAUGCUUGCUGACUCCUCUCAAAGAUGAUGUCAGACCAAUCAGGGACAUCUGCUAUUUUUACCUUCACCUCAAACAUUGAUGACACGGGGAGAGAACAGGAGAGGAGCUUGUGCUGGAUUGCGAUGCUGAAAUCCUGUCAUGAUGUUUGGCUUCAGGGGGCUCCCCCAGACACCAACAGCAGGCAUGACACACUGGGCCCCUGGGCCUCUGGCCAGACGGAGCACGACUUAUUUAUUAUGGUCCACAAAAGGACAGGCCCCGGUCCCCGAGACAAGGCUUCCCAGGCACGAGACCGAGCUUGGGAUCUCUGGGGACGGGACACCUUCUGCACUGACGUUGAGAGAGUUGUUUCCCCCUUCUCCCUUGAGGACACCAAAUCAGAUGAGGAUGAAUUGAAAGAAGAAACUACGGCGGUCCUCUCCCCAACACUCCCACCCCCCACCCCCAUCCCAGGAGGGAAAGGGCAUUUUCUUUGACCUUUGAAAGGCAUUGUGGGUCUGUCUUUAAUGUGUUUACAAACAAACAAGUCUAGUGUCCACUGGUGUUUUUCCUGGUGAUGUUUACAAGAUUCCUGUUUUUGCGUGACUGAACCCUUCCAAGUCCUCCCAGCCAGUAUACUCUCCCCGUCUUCUCCUUCCUUCCCCUCCCCACUUCCCACUCCGGCCUCACUCCCAGCCCGCUUUAUGCCCAUCUUCAGUUUUGGUUUUGCACUUUCCUCCUCUCGCUUCUAGACUCCACUUGGUGUCAUGACUCCUAAUUGCCAAAAGACAACACUUCCAAGACCUUUCCUCCUGUUUUCUCUUCCUCGUCCAUCUCCAUUUCUUCUCCUCCUUCCUCACCCAGUUUUGGUCUUCAGUACAGUUCAGAGGAUCUAAAAAUCACAAGUGUCCUGCAAAGAUGCCUGAACAUUUUUCUUAGACCCUUGUGGAUAUUUUCUCUUUUUUUUUCAAAAAACUUUUAAAAAUUUAUUAAAAAAAAAAAAGGAAAAGAGGUACAGCCACACCCCUGUUUUCAGGCACUCUGAGAACAUUUUAGCCAUCAACGUUCACACGUGGCAUCGGCCCAUGCAGGAUAGGUUUAUGUAUUUAUAUAUUAAAAAGAAAAAACUUAAAACGUUUAAAAAAUUGUUCAAAGCUUGGGGGAAAAGCUUUCUUCAUUAGUCAAGGUGUUUUGAUAUGGUAUUAAAAUAAUGUUCAAUAAAAGAUGCUUGGUGUGA